AUGGCUGAGGACAUGCCGCGGUAUCGGCUGAAGCCAGACCUCAUCAGCUUCAACUCGGCGUUGUCGGCCAGCAACGCCAGCUUGGUCGAGUGGCUCCUGCACGAGAUGGCUCCAGGUUUACAGCCUGACAUGAUCAGCUACAAUGCGGCCACCUUUGCCUUCUCGCAGGCCACAGAGUGGCAGAAGGUCGCGCAGCUCCUGGAAGAGCUCGGCCAGGACCAGCCCUCCGCCUCCGUCUACCACAACGCGCUGAGGGCGCUGGUGACGGCCUCUUGCGAGAGCCAGGCCUCGGGCCUCCUUGAGGAGAUGCGGCGGAACCAGGUCCAACCCAACCAGGCGAAAGGGGACGGGGCGCGGAGAACGGGUUUUACUGCGCCCUGCAUGUGGACCUGA